AAGGAAGGACAGUCCUGUCUAUACAAACACGUCUACCUAGAUUUAUUUCAACCUUGUAGUUAAUAGGUCAGAACUGACAGAUUGUGUAUAAAAAGGUUUAUAAUAACUCUAUACGUUAAUAUUACUAGCAUGUGGAAAGUGCAUAUUGUAGUAUUCAAAUACCGGACAUAUCGUUUUAAGGUUGUAGAAUCAUCGGGUGUUGUGUCAGCAUAAUUUGAUUUAAGAUAAAAACGGCGUUUAAAGUUGAAUGUGUAUACAAUAGGUGAAUAAAAAAGGACACCUAUAUAAAGACAAUCACUAUGACCAGUGUUAUUAUAGAGGAUAAGGGUGGGGUAAAAAUGAAAGUAGGUGUCGAUGUUGGAGACGGUUUUAUAACCCCAGAUCCGAAAGGCGCGCCAGAAGAAGUGAAACAAGUUUUUGAUAUGCUGCCAGAGUUUAAAUUCAGACCAGAUGAUAUUUUGCUGUGCACUUACCAAAAGACAGGCACACAUUGGUUAUUCGAGAUAUUAAGUAUGAUCAACAAUAGGAAAGCAGAAUUGACCCAGAUGACAAAAGGAAGAUGCAUGCUUGAAAUAGUUCCACAAUCGGCGAUCAAUCAACUUCCGUCCCCUCGAGUGCUUAACAGCCACUAUCCGCCAAGACUGCUUCCGAAAGACAAAGCAUUGUCCAAACCCAAGACCAUUUUAUGUGUUCGAAACCCUAAAGAUACAGCGGUCUCGUUCUACAACCAUAUGAAAGGCUUCCGAACUUAUGACUAUGAUGGGAAAUUUUCUGACUGGCUUCCCAUAUUUUUGGAAGGAAAAUUGGAGUAUGGAAAGUACACAGAUUAUUUACUGGAGUGGGAAAAAGUUAUAACUAAAGGAAAAGAUUUUCCAAUCCACCUUAUGUAUUAUGAGGAUCUUAAACUAGAUGGUGAAGCCGAACUUGAAAGAUUACUGAAUUUUCUAGAUAUUGAACUUGAUAAGCAGUUGCAAAAAGAUAUACUGAAUGCGUGUGGAUUUGACAAAAUGGCAAGUGACAAGUUUCAAGGACCUAAACAUAUUGUUGAUAAGAUGUUUCGUGAGAAUUUCAGAUUUUUUAGAAAAGGAGAAAUUGGUGAUUGGAAGAACUGGUUUACAUGUGCCGAUAAUGAAAUGUUUGAUGAAACUUGGACCAAAGAGAUGGCAAACUCUAAACUCUUUGAAUUUAAGUACUCAGGCCCAAGAUCUUGAAUUCAUUGAGACAUUAAAUGCAUUGUUAUACUUACUUUAUAAUUCAGUCUUUUUUAGAACAUCAUUUUUUAUAAAUGCUAUACAAAUAUUUGUUUAUACUUUUUUACAUAACAAUAUUAAAUGUAUUUGUUUAUAUGAUGUUAAUUUUCAUGCGUACACACGCUCACACGUACACACAUUAAAAUGAAAUGUGUGUGAGAGAGAGCUAUUAACUUAGAAAGGGGAAGUUGUAUUUUAUUUGAACCCAGAAACUUUAAUUGAUGUAGACACUAUAACAAACAAUUUUCAAUCUUAUUCUGAAAACCUCUAAUAAAACAUGAAUGUAAAAAGAA